UUGAUUUCUCUGUUUUCAUCCCGAGCGUUAUACCUGUGGGCUCAGAGACACAAUAGACCAUCAAGGCCUCCUUUAACUUGUGUUAUUAAUUCGCUUUUACUGGCAGUGUCAGCUCCCUGCUCGUCCUUGGCGAUAAGUAGUCCCGCCUCCAGCGCGCAAAGUCUUGAUGCGCCUUUACGCACCGCCCUCACUGUUCGAGAAGCCGGGAGCGCAAGAAGAUGCUGAACGGAUUCAGGCGGGAUACUCGCAGCAUUUAACAAUUUCAAUCCUUCAAUAAUUGCCAUGGACACCCCGGAGUCCACGAAAAUGACCACCACAGCCACGGGGUGCGCCAACGGUUCCAUGACAAAUUGUGGAAGCAAGAGGAAUGCCGGCGUAUCUGUUGGAUUUCCGAUAAGCAUGAUGGUCACUGGCGUCGUGGGCAACUCUUUAGCUCUUAUUCUGGUGUACAUAUCCUAUAGGAAGAAGGAAAACAGGAGGAAAAGGUCUUUUUUACUUUUCAUCGGAUCUCUGGCGUUAACGGAUUUGUUUGGGCAACUUCUGACUAGUCCGGUGGUCAUAGCAGUCUACCUGGCUGAUCUAGACUGGUACACCAUUGACACCUCUGGGAAGCUGUGCCCCUUCUUCGGUGUCUGCAUGACGACCUUCGGGCUGUGCGCUCUCUUUUUGGCCAGCGCCAUGGCCGUAGAAAGGGCCACGGCGAUAACAAACCCCCACUGGUACUCUAAUCAUAUGAAGACAAGUAUGACAAGGCACUCCUUGGCUGUCAUAUGGGCUCUUGGGUUUCUCUUUGCUCUGCUGCCCAUCGUGGGAAUCGGGGAGUACACGAAACAGUGGCCGGGCACCUGGUGCUUCAUCAGCACGGGGAGGAGUGACGCUCCUGGCAACGUGUUUUUCGCCAUCACUUUCGCCGUUCUUGGGAUUUUCUCCCUACUCGUGACGCUCUCCUGCAAUGUGAUGACUAUCCGAGGUUUAAUCCUCCGAUGUAAAACAAAGACCGGCGCGUCCCAGUCCUCGAAGCAGUGGGAGCGCCUCACCACGGAGACUGUCAUUCAGCUGUUGGGGAUCAUGUGCGUCCUGAUUGUCUGCUGGUCUCCUCUGCUGGUGUUGCUGCUGAGGAUGAUCUACAGCCAAGUAUCCUCCAAUGAUUGUAAUUCAACAUACAUAAAAGCCAAUAACAUGGAGAGCAAAGUUUUAGACCUAGACUGUGACUUCUUUCUGACCGCGAUACGUUUGGCCUCCCUCAACCAAAUCCUUGACCCGUGGGUCUAUCUGCUCCUGAGGGAGAUCCUCCUGCGGAAGUUCUGCAUCAUGGCUAACGCCGUCUCCAACUGCUCCAUAGAAGAUCACAAGGAGACGCAGACGGCACUGGAUGCGCUCAACAAACAGAACCAAGGUGGCAACAACAAUUGCAAAUCACAAACGAACUAAGUGGCUGUGAUCACCGUCUGAUGACCUUCAGGUCAAAGAGCUUUCAAAACUAUGGAAAUAUAAAAAGGAAGCAAAUGAGUGGAUAACCUUUCACACGAGGACUUUGUGCAGGGAUGCAGCCGAGCGUCCUGUACAGGUACAGGCAUCUAUUCUGUUUAAAACACAUUUCAUUGACGGGUACCAAACCAGCAUGUGGAUGCAUGACUCUGCCAUCUCUUGAAUUUGGCUACUGUGUGGCCAUAGGAUCUCUCUCGUGGCCAAGGUUGAUAUCAACCUGCGACAGACGCAACGUCCGAAUGAGGAAUACUUCUGACUGACAAGUCAUUUAUCUCAUGAGGCCAUGGGUUGACUGAAAGACUGUCUAACAUAUUUUGUGAAUGAAGAAAACAAUGAGAAAAGUGCUUAAAACCUGUUGUAAAUAA